AUGACCAAUGUGUCAUCGCGGAGUCCCUCGAUGACUGGUAAACUGUUGGCCAUAAUGCUCCUGCUGAUGGCGACCGGGAUACAAGCGCGACGACUUGGUCACCGGCGGCUCAUCAUCCACGUGCCGGUCAAGGUGAAGACGCACCACCACACCCACACUGUUUACAAGGUGCUCCACGGAUCGCAUGGCGGCGGUGGCGGAGGUGUGAAGCAAACAGUGUACAAAGUGCUUGGCUUCUCCACACACGGAGGUGGCAUUGCCAAGGGCGGAGGAGGAAGUGGUGGUGGUGGUGGUCAUGGAGGAGGAGGCGGUGGCCACGGCAGUUACGACUUGGGCGGAAUGGGCCACGGCGAAAUCACGUACGAGGACAUGCACGGAUGCGAGAGUGGCAAGGUGAUACCGGCGGCCAGGGACAUGAUUUUCAAUCACUACUCGCGACACGGCGAGGGCGAUGGAACCACCGAGGAUUACGCCGAAGAGCUAGACGACUUCGUAGACCUAAGGGAUGGCUGGUUGUGA